UCGUGGUAUCAUUUCUCUUCUGAAUUUGGCAGCACUCUUAAAACCGGUGAAAGAAUACAUGCGUUUUUUGUGCCGCAAAAAUUUUCCCGUGUGUUUGUGCAAUGAAUGAAUUGAUUUUUUACUCAUUUUUUUCUCUUUAGGUUGGAUGCAUUAAGGAUGGUGUUAAAUAUGCAUUUUGAAAAGAAAAUCAAAUGGUUAAACACAGAACUGAGCACAUGAAAAAAUGUGGAUUUAUGAAAGAACAAUUGUCCUUGUCCUACCCAUAUUUGUUUUUCUACGGCCAUCAUGGGCUAAAAUCGUUCGAGUAACAGAGCUUCGGGUUCCAUCAACUGCAAUUUUUGGUGAAUCUGUCACACUCAUGUGCAGCUAUGAGUUGGGAAGUGAAGAACUUUACGUCGUCAAAUGGUAUAAGGACGAUCUCGAGUUUUACAGAUUUGAGCCGAAAGACGACAACCAAUCAAUCUAUUUUCCUCAGCCAGGUAUCGAUAUCGACUUAUCCAAGUCUGGCAGCAAUAUUGUUUACCUCAGAAACGUAGCGUUGGAUUCCGCAGGGACAUAUAAAUGCCAAGUUUCUACAGAUGCACCAACUUAUAGCUGUGUUCAAGCAGUAAAAGAAAUGAAUGUAGUCAUUAUGCCGCUAGAGGGCCCGACUAUAUCAGGAGGCGAAGGAAAUUAUGACUUUGGAGACAACGUUACUCUGAAUUGCACCUCUGCCAAAUCGAAACCUGCAGCGGAAUUGAGUUGGCUUGUGAAUGGAAAAACAAUUGAUGAAAAUGAGACAAUGAGUCACGGUGUUAUCAUAUACAGCGACAACUUGGAAGCGACUUCAAAAUCCCUUCAACUUCCAGUAACAGAGAAUCUUCUAAACAAAGGCAAAGUAGCAAUUAAAUGUGAAGCUACAUUUUACGGUCGGGUGGCUAUGAGCAGUAAGGAUAUUACUAUCAUAGAGUACAACAGUGCAUCCAAUUCCAUUUCCAGAAGCUUAUUUCUCAUCUUCAUCUUAUUCAUUGCUCUAUGGCCUGGCAUCAGAUGAAUCUUGAAGUAAGAAGUAGCUUGGAAUCUAAAUUUGCUCUGACGAAAUCGUGUUGUGCUCAGCGAUUCUUAAAGUGUCUCACGUCAACUUUGAUUGAACAUUCUCUAAAACUGAUCUUUGUUUCAAAGCACUGUGGACAUUUGCAAUCAAAAAUCCAGGAAAAACUACCAUAAUUAUUGAAACGACUGCAAUAAAAUCCAUAAAUGUUGUUUUACUUUACGGAAAUAUUUUAGAACAGCAACAAAUGUUAAGGAAAAAUUCACAAACAACCACAAAAUACUUUUUAAAUGCUUCCCAAGACAAGUUUUAUUACUGAAUCUACUUUCCCGUCGUUUUGAAAAGAUCUGGGACCAUUUUCAAGACAACGUCAAAUUUGUUCGUUCUGCUGAAUUUUUAUGACUUUUGAUGCUAAGCUUGGAUUUCGAUUUUAGCGAGCUCGUCUGAAAACAAAUGUAAAUAUUUUUGUCACGACGUUACGCUAUGUAAUGGAGCUAUUAAAUAAAGUACU